UAACCUCAACAAUUUGUUUUGAUUCGAAGUGUUUUCACAAUGGCCAUUGUGGUUGAAGACAGUUCGUUUGUUGUACUUGAAGAGUACGCAUAAAUAACUUGGUGACAAUGGAUGUGCUCCCUGUAGAGAUAAUUGAAUUGAUACUUAUGAAAUGUGACGGCAAAACAUUGCUCAAUUGCAGACACAUUGACGACAAAACUGCAGAAAUUGUGGACUAUUUAUCACAGAAAACGCAAAUAUGGAAAUGGUGUUGCAAUGAAGAUAUACCCAAGAAUGAAAUGGUUGACUAUUGUCGGAGAUAUACUGGAGGGUAUCAAGAUUAUAGGAAAUGGCUACAUAUUUAUCAAAAUUGGUAUGCCUGGCAUAACCCCUCAGAUAUUACUUGCAAAAUGAAAGGAACACCUGUUGAAAUUUCAAGAAUCUCUUGCUUGGCUGUGUUAGGAAAUUUGGUUGCGGUUGGUUCCGAAGACGGACGUUUAAAAGUUUACAGAGACCACUGGCAGCUCCUCCACUCGUCCAGACACUUUUCAGUCCGGAUAAUCGGGGUGGAGUUCCUCUGCCGCGACGACAAAAACCUGGAUGAGGUUAACAUAUUAAUUGCGUUCUCGAAAGGCUUUAAAGUCAUGGCGCUGACCGGUCCCGACGAAAGGACGAUUUACGGCAGCAAAUCAUAUAGCGUGUUCCAAGAUCACAUAUGUUACGAAACGGAGGGUGGUAGGACGACGAUAAGUAAAAUUCAAUCGCUGGACGAAGAGAUCGACGAAAAAGUGCUGUGGUUCUCGCGCAUUUACUCACCUACUCGCAUAGUCUGUCAGAAGAUGUGGAACGGUGUCUGUACGUUUUUGAUCAAUGAUAGGAUCAAAUACGUGCGAUACGAGAAUCCGGAAAUCACACCCAUGGAAGCCCUCACCGAAAGAACCAGCGUGGAUUUUAAUUUCACCUUGAGGGAUAAUAGUUAUAAGACGCAAAUAAGGAAAAUUUUGAGGGACGAAGCUAUCGUCAGUACAUAUAAAAACGAUAGUCACCACAAAUCGGAAUAUAUAGAGUUCUGCUUGUUGAACGAAACAAACGGUUACAGCACCAAAUUGUUUAACAGCAGCGAAAUUUUCAACUCCAGUAUUUCGUGCAUCCAUCUCUAUGGCAAUACAUUAAUUCUGGGAGUCGACAUCGGAAACAUUUACAUUUACCAUGUUGGGUCCUGGAAAAACUUGAAUUUAAGAGAUUAUGAUAGGAAAAUAAUAGUAGGAAGACAUCCGAUAAUGGCCAUUGAUGUGAAGGAAACCGAAUCCGAAAGAAUAUUUUAUAUUGCCAGCAAAUUUUGCGUGCAUGAACUAUCCGGAUUUUCGGUCAAAUAUAAAUAAUUUCUAGAAAUAUUUUUUCUCAGUUUUAAUUAUUGAUAAUACUUUUAUGGAAAGUAUUCCAUUUUAAAAGCCAAAAACUUGAUUCAAUUUGUGAUGUUAGAGUAUUCAAUUUAACUUGUGAUUUUAUUUAUUUUUUUAAAUAGUUUUAUAUAUAAUAAAAGUUUGCAUUUCUCACGUUGUUUUUUCUCAAUAUUUAAUAAUUAAGUAAAAUUAAAGCUAAGAAUUUGUUAUUUAAUAUAUUUAAUUUCAAAUUGUUGUAUAUAUAUUUUUAUAUAAUAAAUAUUUGAAUCAUA